AUGACAGAAUAUGACCAAGAGAAACUGUUGCUAUCCCGAAAAUUCAACACUUUGAUAUGUUCAUUGGACUACAAGAACUACAAGGCCGAAAUAAAGAGUGCAGAUGCACAAGAUUCCUUCAAGGAUGGGGUGGUUAAUUUGGUGACUGGCUGCUUAACCGGAAAGGAUAAGUUAAAAAGGAAAUUCGCCCAGACAUUUUUCCUUGCUCCGCAGGACAAGGGUUAUUUUGUGUUGAAUGAUGUUUUUAGGUAUGUCGAAGAUAAUGAGAUUGAUACCGUUUCAGAAGUGCUUAAUGGAACUGAGGAUGUGCAGUCAGAGGUUUUGACCCUUGAUCCAGAACCUACUCAUGUGGUUGAUCCUCUAAAUCUCGACCAAGCUCGCUCACAUGCAGAAGAAGUUCAACAUGUUGAGGAAAAAGCCAAUGACUCUUUGGUAGAUAGGAGGCAAAUUGCUAAUGAAAGAGUGAUUGUUGUGGAAAUUGGAUCAUAUUUCAACGAGGACCAGCACCUUACAAAUACAGAAUCAGCUAAUUCUGUUGCCCAAGAGGAUGCUCCAAAGAAGUCGUACGCAUCAAUUGAUGUAAAGCAGCUGGUUGCUGCAGUAGCACAAAACGCAGCUCCUGGAGCAUCAAAUCCUACUACCACUAGUGAAAUCGAUGUACCAGAAUCAAAUGAUGUUGAAGAGGAAGCUGAGGGAUACUCUAUUUAUGUCCGAAAUUUGCCUCUAGAUGUUACUGUAGCCCAACUUGAAGCUGAAUUUAAGACAUAUAGGCCUAUUAAGCAAGGAGGUGUACAAGUUAGAAGUAACAGGCAACAAAGAUUCAUCUUUGGCUUUGUUGAAUUUGAAGAUAUGAGCUCCAUGAACCUGUAUGGCACUGUUGAUGGAGCUCACAUCUUCAAAUUCAACAAAGCCAAAUCAGAAUCCUUGUUGCUGCAACAAAGAAAAUAA